UUUAUGUCAGUGACUAAUAACAAACCUUGAUUUGUGUUAACAGCAAAACAUUUACGUUUCACCAAUUGUUCGUAGAGAAGUACACGCAAAAAUUCCAAUAAGUAAUCAUGGAGUGGUUGUUUGGCAAAAGGGUAACCGAGGAAAUGCUGCGUAAGAAUCAGCGCGCGUUGAAUAAAGCAAUGCGCGAUUUGGACCGCGAAAAAAGCUAAAUGUCGACAGCAAGAGAAGAAAUCAUUCAGGCGUUAAAAACCCAAAAGAGGAAGGUCAAAUAGGUAAAAUAUAAAAACUACUACUAUACAAAAAGACUCACCGUUGUCAUUCUCUCACUGGACGCUGUUAAAAUAAUGAAACCGAUGCCAAUGCACUGGCGCAUGAAGUUCAUGUUGAUGAAAGCAAACAUCCAAGCAGUCAGCCUGAAAAUCCAAACACUCCGGUCACAAAACGCAAUGGCACAGGCAAUGAAAGGCGUCACGCGAGCCAUGGCCAGCAUGAAUCGCCAACUUAACCUAGCACAAAUCCAGCACAUUCUGCAGGAGUUUGAAAAGCAGUCGGAGAUCAUGGAUAUGAAGGAGGACAUCAUGAACGACGCCAUCGAUGAUGCAAUGGAAGGCGAUGACGAUGAAGAAGAAAGCGACGCGGUAGUCACACAAGUCUUGGACAGCGGUUACGAAUUAGGCGACACUCUGUCGGGUCUUCCUCAAACUGCCGGCGCGUUGCCAGCGACGGGACAAAAGGCAAACACACCGCAAGCAGUUGCUGCAGGCGGAGUCUCCGAUGCCGAUGCGGAUCUUCAAGCGCGUUUAGACAGUCUACGCCGCACAUAG